AUGGAUGGGAGGGGGAGACCCGGCGUGGAAUCGGGAAUCGGGACGUCGUCGUCGUCUUCUUCCACGAAAUAUUGGACCUUCCUUCUUCCCCUUUCAUGGAGGUUUCUAUAUAUAGACGGUGGUCCUUCUCCCCUUCUCCGCAACGUCUUUCCGUAAAGGCCGCUCCUUCUUUAUUUACACCCCGCAGUGAAUACCCCCGUCCACGGAGAAGGGGGGCGCCGCCACCGCCGACGGCCGUACUUUUGUCGCCGACCAGAGUUUCAUCUUCUUCUCCCUCUCCCAUCCCAAUUUAUCACCUCUCUCUCUCUAACUCUAUGCACUGGAAAUGUAGAAUAAAUACAAGUGGGAACGGUAGAGAGAGAGAGAGAGAGAGAGAGAGAGAGAGAGAGAGGGAGAGAGAGAGAGGGGGGAGAGGAAGGGGAGGAGGGAGUGGUAACUGCGACGGUGGAGAGCGACGGGAUGGUUCUCGAUGGCGACGGGCUGCGGGAAUGGCGAGAGGAGCACGGCGGCGUUGCAGGCGUGGUCUGUAUGGGGGCGGAGCCGCCGUGUGUCCUCCGCUCCCCUCCUCUGGACUGGACCCACAACGGUUGCCGUGGAGCCGACGGGAGCUCUGUAGUUGGGAGCGUGGAGGAGGCUCUGGACAUGUUCUGGGUCGUCGAAGAAGGUGAUGCCGCUGUCAACGGAGGCGUAUCGCCGUCGCUUCCAGUGGGUGGGGAGGCUUCCACUUGGCAGCCCUCCUUCUGUGCGACGUCACCUGCAUUGGGUCUUGAUGUUCUGCCCCCCCGCCACCAUCUUCUCCGGCAACGGCAACUGCAGAGCUCGUAUGGGUACGGGCACAUCACCGCCUCCUGUUGCAGUGGCGGAGGAGUCGAAGGGUCGCCGAUGAGCUCGAUUUCGUCGAACGGGUCGGGGGUCGAUCUGGUGGGCAGAACUCCGGCGGCGGUGUGGGAGGUGGACUUGCAGAGAAGGGUCUCUGAGGUGAAGAAGGCUCAUGACGACGAUGAGCUCGGCGGCCGGCAGCUACUUGUGAGCAGGCCAUCCUCUGAUUACGAGGUACGACCAGAACAUUAAUCGCAGACGAAUCGAAAUUUUCAUGGUACAUUCGAUCGAUCUUGCAGAUGAUCUUCAUUCACUGGUUUUCGAUUUUCCGCCUGCGGCAGAGCCUCGCUGACCUGAACCAGUUCUUCGGCCGCGCUAGCGCGGAGCUCGGAUCCCCCACAACCGGCGCCGAGGAGGAGAUCAUGAAGGAGGACAACGUCAAGCAGUUGCUCCAGAUACUGAGGAUAACCAGCUUUGAGCGAGAGAAGCUACUUGCUCAGAAUGCCCACUCAGGAUUUCUCGAGCAAUCUCCCUCACUUCCUCUUCUCCAUCCAUCGUAUGGAUCGGCGAGAGGCAACGAUGGCAUCAGCCACUUCGAUGCCCUUACCCGGAUGGAUAGUUCUCAAUCCAACGAUGCCUCAUCUCCAGAGGAAUCCUCCCCUUUCGAGUUCGUUCCUUCUCCGGUGCUUUUUGCUGGAGGUGCAGCGAAAAACCCUAGCAGCGGGAUGGCACAUCAUCUUCUCCCCGAACGCGAUGCUGCUUCGGAGACGAUCGAUCACCUCCUGCCGAAGAAAGCUCUGCCGGAGAAGGGGAAGCUACUGCAAGCGGUGAUCGAAGCCGGUCCUCUUCUGCAGACGCUGCUGGUGGCCGGAUCUCUUCCGCAAUGGCGCAAUCCCCCACCACUGCGGCCAUUUCAAAUCCCUCCGGUCUCUGUCAGAGGUCCUAACCAGAACACGGAGUUGGUUCAUCCUUCCCCGAGGCCGUCGCCGUCCGCUUGCACCGGCGGCUACCAGAUCGGCAAACGGCAAAAGCUUUAG